AUGAUGACGUAGACCACACGGCAGUCCAUAAUGGCGGCGCCCUGUGCACUAUUUGCCAGCUGUGCUGCGUUUCAGCCAGAGGAGCUUGUGAAACAAAUUCUCAAUGUGACAGACUUGCCUGCUGGGAGACCAGUUAUAGAAUCUGUACUAGCAUAUGACUGGCACAUAGACACCAAAUAUUAUACAGCUGAUGUACAUCUAUGCACAGCUAGCACACGGACCAUUGGUGAUGAAAAUUUUGCUCAAUCAGUGCAGGCUUUUGUUGUAUACUUUGAUUCCAGAGAGGUCUCAAGCUUUGAUAGUGUGAAGUCAUGGAUGUCAUAUCUUCGACACAUUAAUCCUGCUGUACAGAUCCUGGUCUGUCAAACCAGUCAUCAAGAUGACCCUGUCAGUCGAUUGACAGCACAACAGUGGUGCAUUGAACAUGGCUUUGAGCUGGUGGAGCUGGAGCCUGAGGCUAACAGUGAUGAUGAAGAUGAUGACUUUGUGGAGUCCAAUGGUGUAAAAAGAAUAAUUCAAGCUCUUCAUGCUCACACAUGGCCCAACCUGAAGUUGAAAAGCAGGUCGCCUGUAUGCAGUCCCUAUUUUAGGGGUCUCAUGCGGGAAGAGGCAGCACUUCGAGCCUCAGCUGCAGCAGCCAUGGGUGAGGAUGAACGUUCGGAUGCUAGCAAAGGAGCCACAGAAUCAGAACAGGUAGCAGGGACAGAAGAGCAGUCGUCACAAGCAGUCCUUCGGGAGGACGUUGUGCAGGCUGGAGCAGCUGAUGGCUGCAGCAGUAGACAAGGAGAGGAAGAAGAGGCAGGGCAUAAUGGCCAGCCACUCUUUCCAAAUGGCGCGGGAACUGGAGUUUCUGCAGAAGGCCAGCUGGCUGCUGAUACAAAGGCAGAGUUUGGUCUGAUUCCAGAUGACAAUGAACUGGCCUUGCUAGCAGCUCUUGGUAAUGAAGAUCCAGGCGAUGAGUCUUUUGAACAGCUUUUUACAAGACUGCGUUUAAUGAAAGAGAAAGCUGCAACCUUGUCACCAGAAGAAAGAAAAAUAUAUGCAGAAAAGAUUGCAGUCACAUUUUGGCGUGCAGUUGGUGGUGAUGAGGAUGAAAUUGAAGGACUUUUUGAUGAUGUUGAUGCAGAAGCAUCGAUGUAAAGAUCUGUGUGAAAAGUGGUUCAUUGCAGUCACAAUUUGUCUGCUGAGCAGACAUACCAAACCCCUUCAGCAGAUACAUUCCCUUGCAUGUAACCUUUAAAUUGUGAGGUCCAUUCCAGAAAAGUAAACUGGAUAAGAAUGGUUUAGUCAUCGAUAAAUUUAAGUGUUUAAUGGAUUGUUUUAAUUGCCAUGGUCCAUGGUGGAAUAACAAACACUCAUUCUGUUGUCUUGACAUUCUUCUUGUGUUCCUAGCAGUCUGAUAGCCAAACGGUUAGCUCAUAUCACCAAUACAGCAAGGAUUGGCUGUCCUAGGUUCAGAUCUUGUCCCAGGCAUGCUGUCCUUUUUCUGCAUGUGGCAUCUAUUUACAGGACUGGCUGCUUUGCUGUGAUAUAGCCUUAGUUGCUGGUUCAGUGUAAAACACCUAUUCCCCCGCCCCCUCCCUUCCACACAAAAAAAAAAAAAUUGAAAAAAGGGAGGGAACAUCCCUCACAAAAUUCUUCAAUGGCAGUGGUCUUUGCUGGUAAAAUAAGCAUAUUUAACUCUCCCAUCAUUGCUGCUAGCAUAUUUUUCAAGCUUUUGUCACUGUGUAAAGUUCAAAAAGCAUACAACAGCUUAAGAGAGAAAGAAGUUUAUUCCAACUGUAGUUGGAACGAAACAAUGUAUUUCAACAAUGCAGGCUCAUUGGCUGAUUUGUUUGCUUGAUGUCACUUCUGCAAGAGCUCAACUGGCAUGUGGAAAUGUUACUUUGCAUACUUCAUUGACCCCACUGGCAGUGACAACAUUGUUGUCAAACAUAAUACUGGAGAAAGAUAAGUAUUAUUUAGCCACUCUUAAUGUUGCAAUGUGUAAAUAAAAAAAUGUGUAUAAAAA